GUGACGUCCGUGGAAAGUGGUCUAUCGGCGCAGCGCAGCCAAGAUCGAGUCUAGCGGACGCGCGGCUUCACCUUGAGGACGACGAGGCGGCGGCGGCGGCGGCGUGAGUGGAGAAGGUUUAUACAUCUGGAUCUUAACUGAGGUCUUGAUUCAGAAUAUGGGAGCAUCCACUUCAACACCAUCGAUUGAUGUGCAAACAGCCUCUACUGCACCACAGGCAAAGACCACUUUGACCGAAUGUCCAAUGCAUAAAGCCAAGAACGAAGCAGGUUGUCCAAUGCAUCAGGCAACUGCAGCAGCCACUUCAGCAGAGAAUGCAUCGUAUCCAAUUCCAUCACAUCAGGAGAGGGCAUAUGAAUACGUGGAGUGCCCCAUGAGAACGGGUGACAGACCAGAAGCAGACACAAUUGAUCCCAGUAAUAUGAUGCCACCACCUAACCAGCAGCCAGCAACAGAUCAACCAUUCCCCCUUUCUGUAUCCAGAGAAGAAUCUUCCAUUCCUCGAUCUAACUCAGAGAAGCAUUGGGUAUAUCCUUCUGAACAGAUGUUUUGGAAUGCCAUGCUUAAGAAAGGAUGGCGUUGGCAUAAAGAUGACUUAGCACCUCAUGAUAUGACAAAUAUCAUCAAGAUCCAUAAUCAGAACAAUGAACAAGCCUGGAAUGAAAUACUCAAGUGGGAAGCACUCCAUGCCAAAGAAUGUCCCUGUGGGCCUACACUAGUUCGCUUUGGGGGGAAAGCAAACGAGUAUUCACCACGAGCUCGAAUUCGUUCUUUAAUGGGGUAUGAACUACCCUUUGAUCGGCAUGAUUGGAUUGUGAAUCGUUGCGGGAAAGACGUCCGAUAUGUAAUUGACUACUAUGAUGGAGGCGAGGUUGACAAGUCAACUUACCAGUUUACUGCUCUGGAUGUGCGUCCUGCACUGGAUUCACUUACUGCAGUGUGGGACAGGAUGAAAGUGGCAUGGUGGCGCUUGACAUCGUGAACUUUACUUGAAUUGUAUUAUUCACUGCACUUGCACCUAUGCAUUACAAUUUUUCAAUUAAAAUGGAACUAACCAUGAGUAAUAACUGGACACAUUUGUGUACACUCAGCAUUGCCUUUGCCCAGAUGUUUCUCAUUUGAAUGUUCAGCUAUUUUAUACCAUUUGCUAUUUCUGUUCAAACAGCUGGUCCUUAUCCAUAUAAUUUGUGUAUUAUUUAUGCUCAAUAGUAUUCUAUACAUACAUUGUUGGUAAUUUAUCAGACGGGCACAAUCAUCCAUCUUCUCAUUGAGUGAAGUUAUUGAAAAAGAAUGCUCCAAGGAAUUGCUUUUAAGAAAGUUCCAAUUUUAGUUAAAAAAAAGUUGGACCUGAUUACAUUUCAUUUUUUCGAAUUUGAGUCUGAAUGGAAUUCCAGGAAUAUUUGUAACCAUUAGAUUGAUCAUGUGCUAGGCAUGGGCAGUACUUUAAAAUGGUAUUAUUAGAUGUAAGCCCCGUGCUCUCUUGUCUUCAGUACUGAGCUAAAGCACUAAAACGCUCAUGGGAGUGGCUGAAUUUUAGUAAUCGUCCAUAUGCACCAAAGAGCUGAUGAGUUCUGCAAAAUGGAAAUUCCAGCUACCACUUUUAGGUUUUCAACAAAAGCUUCAGAAAACUACUGGUUUGCCUUCUUAAUUUUUUCAUGGUGCUCUUGUCAUCUUUAUUGCGGAUAAUAAAUUUAUCUCAAAUGGA